AUGUCGAUCAUGGAUUGUAUGAAUUGGGUAGAUUGUUCAUCUCCAGUAGUGCAAAAGUCUGCGAAUGACUUGAGAGAAUAUAAAGUGAUGCGUUUAUGCAAUAGGAUGAAAGUGCUUCUUAUAAGUGAUCCUGAAACAGAUAAAUCUGCAGUGUGUUUAUCUGUGAACAUUGGUUCGCUGUCGGAUCCGAAAGAACUGCCUGGUCUCGCACACUUCUGUGAGCAUAUGUUGUUUCUUGGUACGAAAUCAUUUCCAACAGAAAAUACCUAUUUGAAGUACAUAACUGAUCAUGGUGGUCACUGUAAUGCUUUCACGAGUCCAGACAAAACUUCUUAUGUGUUUGAUGUUGCACCUGAAAGUUUGAAAGGAGCAUUGGACAUUUUCUCACAGUUUUUCAUCUGCCCUCUUUUCACAGAUUCUGCAACAGAACGUGAGGUGAGUGCUGUACAGUCGGAACAUGAGAAGGACAUUAGUAAUGAUACUAGACGUCUUUUUCAGCUAGAGCGAAGCUUGUCAAAAAGUGGUCAUGAUUAUACGAAAUUCUUCUCCGGUAACCGAUACUCUUUAUUUGAGUCCAGUUGUGCACAAUCGGUGAAUACACGCGAAAAGUUGUUGCAAUUCUAUUCAACAUGGUAUUCGUCAAAUGUGAUGGGACUAGUUAUUCUUGGAAGAGAAUCCAUAAAUGACCUACAGAAACUUGCCGAAGAUAAGUUUUCGGAAGUUAUUGAUCGUGAAGUUGUGCAACCAUCAUGGGACGAUACUCCAUGGCCUGAUAUAUGUCUCAAGAAAAUGGUAUAUGUCGUCCCACUGAACGAUAUCCAUCAAAUGAAUAUAAUGUGGCCUAUUCCUGACUAUAUUCCAGACUAUACAACUCAAGCCACUAAUUAUGUGACUUAUUUACUUGGUCAUGAAAGUCGUGGAAGUUUACUCAGUUUAUUCAAAAAUGCAGGCUGGGCUAAUCAACUUACAUGUGAUGUUAAUAGACAUGGAGCUGGAAUUUGCUAUCUCAUUAUGUUCGUUCAUUUAACUAUGAAAGGACUUGACAAAAUCAAUGAAAUUAUAACAAAUAUAUAUCAAUACAUUAACAUGCUUCACUCUGAUGAACCAAAAAAGUGGGUAUCUGAUGAAAUACAGACUUAUAAGAUGCAAGAUGACCUAACCAGUCCUUUUUUGGCAACUGUCUAUGAUCCUAAUUUAAUUAGGAAAAUUCUAACUUGUCUUACUCCUGAUAAUAGUCGCAUCAUUUUACUCAGUAAAACGUUUGCCGACAAAUGCGUGGAGGAAGAACCGUGGUAUCACACUAAAUACCUUGCUAUUAAUAUUCCUGAAAAUACCUUGUCAGCAUGGCGAAAUAGUUCUUCUAAUCCAGAAUUGAGAUUCCCCGAGCCAAAUCCAUUCAUUGCUACUGAAUUUGAUUUGGUUCAAAAUAAAUUCCCCACGAAUGUUGAAAUACCGGAAUUAUUAAUCGAAACAGAGAUGUCUCGUAUUUGGUACUUUCAAGAUACAGAAUUCAAUCUUCCCAAAGGUUUUAUCAAAUUUCAUAUUGUCAAUUUGUCAACAUUUUGUAGUCCUUUACAUGAAACACUUUGUGCGUUCUAUAGGUAUCACGGAUUUACUCAUAAAUUGAAACCUUUUGUUCAUGAAAUAAUAACACAACUUGUCGAUUAUUGUGAACCAAAAACUGAUCGUUUUGAAUGCAUCCGUGAGAAAAUUUCUCAAAAUAUUACCAAUUUUGCAGUGAAACCAACUUACCAUCAGGCCUGUACAUAUUUAACAAAUAUUACUUUACAUCAUUCUUGGACUAAUGAUGAUUUUAUUCAAGCUCUAAAAGAUAUUACCUACGAAAAGUUGGUUAAUUAUAUCAAAGAGUUUUAUGAACGCAUUUUUAUCGAAGGCCUUAUAUAUGGCAAUAUCACCGAAGAGGAUGCAAUAAAUUAUCACGAAAUGAUUCGAAAUCUGUUAAUACGGAAAUUCGAUUCUAAACCAUUUUUCCUAUCUCACAUCGCAACACCUCGAGAAGUUAUAAUUCCUGAAGAUUCCAGUUUUCUUUAUCGACGAUAUAUUUCUGGUCAACCAGCUUCUGCGAUUUACUAUUACCUUCAAUGUGGUGAGCAGUCUACGCUUAACAAUACAUUACUUCAUCUGUUUUAUCAGAUUGUAAGAGGACCCAUUUUCGAUCAAUUACAUACGAAACAACAAUUGGGUUAUAUUGUACAGGCUGGACUCCGACGAUCCAACAAACUACAAGGUUUUCGUAUUUUAGUGCAAUCAUCUUAUCAUCCUAAUAAAAUUGAUAAAUGUAUCGAAGAAUUUCUACUUACUGUAAAUAAACUGUUAGAAAAUAUGUCUGACGAAGAAUUUAAUGUUCAUGUGCAGUCUCUGUUGACACAUUUACUGGAAAAACCCAAAGGUAUGCAAGAUCGAUUUGGACGUUUAUGGUCUGAAAUUGCUUGUCGACAUUAUAAUUUUAAACGAAAACUAUAUUGAUCCUUCAUCAUGUACAAGAAGAAAAUUAGUAGUUCAAAUAAUAUCGAGUGAGAAAUAUCUACGUGAUUCAGAAUUUAAUAAUCAUAGCAAGAAGGUAGUCGUCUUAAAAAAUCAUGCGGAAUUGAAACGUUACUGUCAGUUGAGUUCUUUAACGAAACCAUUCAUGAUGUUCACUUCCAAAUAUGAAGGAAUUUCACUACGAUUUUAAUCCGGUUAUCUGGAUUGCAGAUUUAGAAAUAUUCACUUCUUGUGAUUGUUAAAACAUGUUAUUUUUCAUGCACUAAACGCUUUUGUUUUUUUAAUCUGUCUUUAAUUCCCUCUUGGAGAGAUUUGACAAUAAGUAUGUUUUAUUGAUCUCGCAUUCAUAAGACAGAAAAUAUUUAGUUAUGUAUAUGCUUUUCUACUACUUUGUGGUGCAGCUAUUCAUUUAACUGUUUUUUAUACUUUUCCUUAUGAAUUAACUCCUGAUUAUUUCUGAAUACAUUGGUAC